AGUUUGCUGAGUCUGCUCCCCACCCCUCUGGGUAGUCCAUUCCAGUUGGGGCCUCUUCUAUUUAUCUGUCAAUAACCUCAGAGCUUCCUGGUCAGGUCUGUUGAACAAGCCCUUAAUUCUUCAUCCCUAUAAAAGAGGAAUGAGCAGCCAAGGGAGGAAGGCAGAUGGAGUGAGUUAGCCCAGUUCUUCUUUGCCAGGCCAAAAUCCGUUCUCUGGUAGAAGCCAUGGCAAGAAUGAGGAUGCUACACGUUUUGGCUGGCUUAAUACUACUAAUGAAUUCUGGCAGAGCAGUAUUCCAGGGGAAACAAUUCAUCACAGCUUUCAUGGAAAAUUUUGAGACAAGAUGGCCCUCUGAAACAAAAUUGCAGCUGUUCCUCACGGGUUACAGCAGUUCCACCAUAGUAACUAUUACAUUGACCAAAAGUGCUACACGGAAAAGUUACUUGAUUGAAGAAGGCCAGACUGUGCCCAUAGAAAUCCCAGUGACGGAAGAGAUGAUAGGCAGUGGCACAUUUGAUAAUUCUGUUCUGAUCCAGGCUGAGAAGGACAUUUCUGUUGUCUCGAUGGACAGAAAGUUAUUUUCGGUUGCCACUACAACUGUAUACCCAGUCCACCAACUUGGCACAGAUUAUUAUAUCAUUACUCCAGCUGGAACCCGAUCAACAGGCUACUUAAAAGAAUUUGCUGUCAUAGCUUGGCAGAUUCCAACAAGAGUUGAUAUUCAUCUGAAAGGGAACGUGGUCUUUGAUGGAAAGACCUACAGUGCAGGCAGCAAGCUCACAGUUAACCUUGGCGCUUUCCAGGCUAUCCAGCUGCAAAGCUCCGAUGAUCUGUCUGGUGUCAGGAUUGAGUCAUCGGCACCUGUGGCAGUCCUGAGUGGGCAUGUUUGUGUGCAGCAAAACUAUUAUUGUGACCAUGUCUCUGAACAGCUCCUGCCAGUCCCUAGCUGGGGCACCACCUUCAUUGUUCCUCCUGUGUUUUUCCAAGGCAGUGUUGAUCUUGUAUACGUGGUUGCGUCCCAAGCCACCCGUAUACAUUAUCAAUCAGGAAAUCUGAAAAGCUUUCAAGACAUGGUGGCUGGGGAGGUAAGCCAGUUUGAAAUCCAAUACCCACAAGCCUUUUAUGUGUCUGCUAAUGCUGGAAUCCAAGUCUUUUUCUUCUUCACUGGCAUCAAGUCGGGAAAUAGAGGCUACGAUCCAUUCCUCAUCAACAUCCCACCCAUAAAAAGCUAUGGCCUGUCCUACUAUGUUGAUGGAAUGUCCAAGUUUGAGAACUAUAUCGCCAUCAUAGCUAAAAGCUCUGAAAUCAGUCGCAUUACUAGGGAUAACUCAGCUAUUUCGGACAUUCAAUGGAGAGAGAUUCCUGGUGUACAGUAUUCAUGGGGAGAAAGCAGGUGGCCCACCACCAGCAGAUCUGCCUUGCUAAAGCAUCCUGAAGCUCCCUUUGCUGUCUUUCUCUUUGGUACCAGAAACUAUGAAGGAUUUGGAUUUGCACCACCACCUUUUGGCUCAGUUGUUCCAUCCGCCUCACCAGUUCCAGUCCCAUUAUCCUGCCCUGAGAACAGCCACUAUGAGGCCUGUGGAAAUGCCUGCCCGGCUACUUGUUCUAACCGAACUGAUCCUUCCAAGUGCAAUCUGCCCUGUGAAGAAAGCUGCCAGUGUGAUGAGGGCUAUGUCCGCAGUGAUGAGGCAUGUGUCCCAGUGAUGAGCUGUAGCUGCACUUACCAAGGCGUGAAAUAUGGUCCGUUGGAAGAGUUUUGGGGAGAUGACUGUCAUACCCGCUGCAGAUGUGAGCCCCGAUUAGGUCGGGCUGCAUGCAUAAGGUCUUCAUGCAAGAGGAAUGAAAAGUGUGUCAUGGUCAAUGGGGUUCUGGGCUGUCAUGAAGUCACCUACACCUCUUGUACCGCAUCUGGGGACCCUCAUUACACAACCUUUGAUGGAAAGAAAUUUGAUUUCAUGGGGACCUGUGUUUAUCAAAUGGCAGGACUUUGCACUAACAAUCCCAGGCACACCCCAUUUUUGGUCACAGUGGAGAAUAACAACCGAGGAAGCAAGGCCGUGUCCUUCACCAAAGUGGUGACUCUGGAGGUCUACAACAUGACAAUCAGCCUGAGCCAAGAGGAUCCGCAAAAGGUUCAGGUCAACGGGGUUUCUGUGAACCUACCAUUCUCUUAUGAAAAUAAACUGAAGAUCUACAUCAGUGGCGUCCAUGGUUUCAUCAAAACAGACUUUGAUCUCAGAGUUAGCUUUGACUGGUAUAGCUACGCCAGGGUCAUUAUUCCCAACAGUUAUGCUGAAUCUAUCUGCGGACUCUGUGGUAAUGCUGAUCGAGAUCCCAGUGAUGAUUUCACUAUGAAGGAUGGUACUCAAGCAAGCGAUGCAAUCCAAUUUGCAAAUAGCUGGAAGCUGAAAGGGUCCCCUCAGUGCUCAGAAGGCUGCUCCAAUAACUGCCCAGUGUGCAGUGAAGCUCAGAAACAAAUUUACGGGAGUGAACAUUACUGUGGUCUCCUCAUCAGAAAGGACGGACCAUUCAAGCAGUGUAAUGCCUUCAUUUCCCCAACCUACUACUUUGAGGACUGUGUCUAUGAUACUUGCCUUCACAAAGGUUUUCGCAAUGUUUUCUGUAGUGCCAUCAGUACCUACGCAAUAGAUUGCCAAACUCAGGGCAUUCAGAUUGGAGAGUGGAGAUCAGCUUCUACUUGCAGCCUUUCCUGUCCUCCUCACUCCCAUUAUGAAAUCUGUGGACCCGCCUGCCCUGCCACAUGUCAUAGCCGCUUCACUGGUAAAAGAUGUGAUGCUCCCUGUACAGAAGGAUGCUUCUGUGAUUCUGGAUUCGUCCUCAGUGGUGAUAACUGUGUCCCGCUUACAGAAUGUGGCUGUGUCUACCAGGGCAGGUAUUACAAGACUGGAGAGGAGUUCUAUCCACACACUUCUUGCCAGGAGAAAUGCCAGUGCAAGGACCAUGGUGUCAUUGACUGUCACCAGUUCUCCUGUAGAGAUGAUGAGGAGUGCAAGGUUGAGAAUGGCAUCCAGGAUUGCUAUCCUGUCGGGCAUGGAACAACAACAACAUAUGGAGGCCUUCAUUAUAUUUCUUUUGAUGGAAGAAGUUUUGGGUUCCGUGGCACUGGAACCUUUGUCUUGUCCCAAAUCUUUAGUGAGGAGGAUCCCCGACUAGUGACAUUCUCUGUCUUGGUGGAGUAUGACGAAAUUGAUGCUGGUUCUUUAACACUAAUAAAAUCUGUUGUGAUCUACAUAAAUGGUACUACUAUUGUCUUAGAGAGGGGAAUGAAAUGGAGAGCUAUGGUGAACGGAGAGUUUCAUAGUUUGCCAGUGAAUAUAAAAAAUGAGAAAGUCUGGAUCACGCAGGAAGGAAACAAUAUAAUUGUCCAGUCCUCCGAUGGAUUCACUGUCAUUUAUGACACUGCCUCCUAUGUCCAUGUCUCAGUUCCCAUCACCUACCAGAGAAAGGUGCAUGGGCUGGCUGGCAACUUCAAUGGUGAUGAGAGUGAUGAUUUUAUGAUGCCCAACAGAACUCAGGCACAAAAUGUGGCUACCUUUGGGGCAUCCUGGAACAUCCCUGUGGCUGGCAUCAGUUGCUCUAAUGACUGUAUUAAAGAACGGCCUGACAUGCAUCCAGAUGAAGCAAAGAGCUAUGAGGACGCAAGUUCUUGUGGAAUGAUCAAGUCUGAGUCAGGCCCCUUUGCAGACUGUCACUCACUUGUGAGUCCCGAAGACUACUUUGCUAACUGCUUGUAUGACAUGUGGACAGCUGGGGCUCAAGAACACCUCUGUCAAAGCCUUCAAGCCUACACAACUGCAUGUCAGACAGCGGGAGCUCAGAUUGAAGCAUGGAGAACAGACUCCUUCUGUUCCAUGACCUGUCCAAACAACAGCCAUUACGUGACAUGCACCUCCCAUUGUGAUAGCACCUGUGCCAACUUGUACAUGCCACUCCGGUGCACAAGGCAUUGCUUUGAAGGCUGUCAGUGCAAUGAAGGUUAUAUAUUUGAUGGAGAUAUCUGUGUGCCUGUAGACAAGUGUGGCUGUGUGCGGGAUGGAUUCUACUUCAAGGCUGAAGAGACUGUCCUCUCAAGUAACUGCACGGAAAAAUACACCUGCCAUGCCCCAGGCCAACUCACCCAUGAAAAAACGACCUGCCCUCCUGAUGAGAUUUGCACACUUAGAGAUGGCGUGUGGGGCUGUGAGGCCAGAGAAGGCCAGUGCAAAGUUACACCGGAAGCCAAGUUUACCUCCUUUGAUGGAGCCUCGGGGAAGUACUUUAGCAGUGGUGUUUAUGACCUGGCCUCUGUUUGUGAUCAAAACGAUGCCUCCUGGUUCAGGGUGUUAGUGAACAUUGGAAAGGAUGUAGAAGGCGACUUGGCAGUUGGGAAAGCUGUCUACUUCUACUUCCAGAAUGCAUCCAUCACUCUGAAGACAAAGAGUAAGAUAUGGGUAAACGGGCGCUUUGUGAAGUUACCAUACAAAGUCUCCAAAGCAGUAACUGUGAGCCAAGUUCAAGAUGGGAUACUGAUUAAUCAAGCCUCUCAGGUUCAGGUUCUUCUUCAUUUUGAUGGGAAGGUGACAGUGAAAGUCAGGGAGACCUUAUCUGAGAAGCUCUGUGGCCCAUGUGGAAACUUCAAUGGGAACAGAUCUGAUGACCUGAAGCUGCCCAAUGGGGAAUCUGAGAUGGAUGUUGUUGAAGUCCUCCAUGCCUGGAGGUCUAAGGACUACUGACACUAUAACUCUUUGGGAAAUCCCACCACCACAACCACAUCCGAAGGCGCCAAGCAACUUGCAGAUUCAGAGAAGAAACCAUACAAUGCUCAAAAUGUUAACUGUUAAACCACCCAGUAGCUAUUUUGUUAGUGUGCACCAUCUCUGCAGCAUUCUGCGUCUGCAAGUGCAGCAACAUUUCUACAAUCCAAUGUAAUAAGAAGACAAGUUUAACUUCAAAAUCACAAUGCCCAGCAUUAUUCAGAUUUGUUAUUGCUGGGAGUUUCCCAGAGCUAGAAGGGAACUUUGCUUAUUAUGCUUGACCUAUAGCAAAAUUACUGCUGUUUUACAUAAGCAAUAUUUGCUUCUUAGGCCCCUUCCACACAGAUGAAUAAAAUCCCACAUUUUCUUCUUUGAACUGGAAAAUAUGGCAGUGUGGACUCAGAUAUUCCAGUUCAAGGCAGAUAUUGUGGGAUUUUCUGCCUUGAUAUUCUGGGUUAUAUGGCUGUGUGGAAGGGCCCAUUGAAAUAGGACUGUCACUCAAUUAAAUAAAAUGUUUUCCAUCAUGACUUUUAGCUGUUUCAUUCAUUCAUUCCAAAGGUUGCAGAUGCCUCAGUAAACUACAACUCCCAUGAUCCCAGAGCAGUUAAAGUGGUAUCAAACUCCAUUGAUUUUACUAUGUGGAUGCACUCACAGAGUCACGGGUGUAUUCUGUUGUCGGUUAGGAUAGUGUUGAGGGAGUUCGAUGCAGGUGGGGUUCAUUCUUUGCCAUAUCAGGAUGUGGGAUAGAGGACAAUGAGAGUCAGAUUAUAACAUUUGAGCUCCAUGGGUAACAGAAAAGUGUCCUUACUUAAGAUUCAACAAUUUCUGUUUUAUGAGAAGCUAUCUGGUCCUGGCUAAAUCAGGGCCAGCUAACACCUCCCAACAAAGGAUUCCCCCAGGCAGGAAGCAGCCAAGCUUUGAAGCUGUAAGGCUAUUCAACACUAAUCAAGCUGGCCAAUUGCAACAUUCACACUUGCUUCAAACAGAGAUGGGUUUUUCUGUGGACAUUACACAGAUAUAUAAACCCCACUUGCCUAGUUUCCAACAGACCUCACAACUGAGAAUGCCUGCCAUAGAUGUGGGCAAAACAUCAGGAGAGAAUGCUUCUGAAACAUGGCUAUACAGCCCGGAAAACUCACAGCGACUCAAGUAUCUAGUCCUUUAUUGACCAAUAACAUUAAAUUUCUCAAGGAGUCUCUGCACCGUUCAUUAUAUCAGGAAACAGUACUAUAGCGAAUGGCCAACUAUUACACAUUGAAAAAAUUGGUAAAAAAUACACCCCAUAGUUGCUAUUAUGCAAGAAACAGUAAAGACAACAAUUUUGCCACCCCCAAAAGGGUCUUAUAUGCAGUGGUGACCAUUAUGCAAUGAAAUACAGUAUUCACUGUUUUAAAAACUCCAAUGAAUUUCAUCCUUUACUGAAAUUUCAUCCUCAAUCGAGGCCAUAUGGAUUUGAUAUUUUAUAGUGGGCCUGAGCUAAGAUCGGAAGAGAGGCCUGAGCUGUUUGAGCAAGGUUCACAAGGCCACAUUCCUGAGAGAGGCCUCUCACCUCUUUUCUCAGAGCAGCUGUCUGAAAAUUAUACUGAGAUUGAUUUGCCAGGUGCGGGAGUUAAUGAGGGUGAGGAUAGUGAAACCUUGGACAGAAAGUCAAGUUUUAGUAAACAGAGGCAGAGCUUUCAGAGACUGAGGCGAUAAGUCCGGCUAUAGCAGAAGAGAGAUAACAAAUCGUUAUCUGGUGGGAAGGUCAAGAAAAAAUGCUUUCCUUUCAGUUUUGGAAUCUGGAAAAGGUUUAUAAUUAUUCAUGCCUCAGUCGAGUCAGUGUUGUUAUUUCAUCACAGUCUUGCGUUCAAAUGCUCUGUUUCAUGUAUCAAGUUUUUGCCAAGCUGAAGUUCUGCUUAUGGGAUUUUCCUGCUGUUUUGUUUCAUGGUUUCAAGUGCCAUGUCUCAUGGAUUUCUAUGUACUCAUGGACAUUGCCUUCCUUUGAAGCUUAUGGACUAUCUUGGAUUUUGGACUUUUACUGUUUUACUAUUUUUUACUGCUUUGCCUACAUAUAUUCUACAAUAAACUGCUUGCUUAUUUUA